AUGGACUCUGCAAAAACCUUGAAGAAAAAACAUGAUGGUGUUGUUUAUGAACCAGAGGAAGUUCUGAAUCCAACCCCCAAAGUAACAAAUUGUUGCAAAUCACUGUGGGUAAAAUACAGUUUUCAGGAGGCAUACAUGACCCAACUUGUCAGCUCCCAGCCAGUUCCAGCCAUGUCAAGGAACCCAGAUCACAAUCUACCUUCUCAGCCCGAGGAGAAUAACGUUGGCCAGAAGCAUCACCAGGAGGAAUUAAUCCACAAGAUGGCCAUGCAGCUGAGACAAAUUGGGGACGGCAUGGAUCAUAGGAUGAUGGUUCGAGAGGACCUUCAGCAGGAUGGCAGAGAUCCACGGGCUCGUUUUGUCAUCUUUUUCUUUAGAAGAGUUCAGGUGUUCCUGCACGUUUUUUUGAAUAACCAUUUGCUGUAA